UUGCUAUGUGUAUGAAACGAUCAAACCCAUGCUUAUCGUAAUGAAUACCAUAAAUACAUUGGUGUUGCGUCAGUAGCAGCCUGGUAAAGAUCGUAAAGAUUCAGCCGGUUGGUAGUAGCCUUGAAACGUGUUGUCUAUAUUGGCCCAUAUAGGGAUGAAAGAGCGUGUUGUUGCUCGUAACGCUCGUAACUUCACUUCGAUUGAAGCAGUGAAACAGUGUGGGUAGUGACUUGGAGGUGAAAGCGUGAGAGUGUGUUCGUUAUAAUAAUAAUAAUAAUGUUUGGUCGUUUGACAUUGUAUCCGACAUUGUUCUACAAUGUCGUAAUGGAAAAAGUAACUAGUCGUAAUUGGUAUGACAGAAUUGACGAUAAUGUUAUCUUGGGAGCCCUACCUUUUCGUGGCAUGACGGGCCAGCUUCUUGAUAAAGAGAAUGUAAAAGCAGUGGUGUCAAUGAAUGAAGACUAUGAGCUUUGGCUGUUUGCAAAUGGCAGAAAGGAAUGGGAAAGUAGAGGGGUGAAGUUUCUGCAGCUUCAUACGAGAGACAUAUUUGAGGCACCAUGUCAGGAAAAGCUGAAGAAAGGUGUAAGUUUCAUCAAUGAGGUAGCUGGAACAGGUGGCUCUGUGUAUGUUCACUGCAAGGCCGGCCGUACUCGCAGCAGUACCCUUGUGGGCUGCUACCUUAUGCAGAACUGUUAUGAAGCCAUCCGCUGCCUGGUUGUCGCUGGCCAUAGCAGAGGGCUCAGGUAGUGAGGUCUGCCGGCGGGAUCCGGAUGAUACAGCAGUGGAUACAGGGUGACCACCUCCCAAAGUUAAGACAUCCCUAUAGGUUUAGCAGCAACAGCAUCAUGUGUAGAUGAAAGAGCCUCUGUUGAUAUGGAUGGCGGAGGUGUGUGAAACUGGCAUAAAUCCUGCAACUGGAGUUUCAGAGCAGUAUUAUCGCUUUUCAGUACUUGAACUUCACAGCUAAGGUUCAUGACCAUUUCCAUAAGGGAUUUCACCAUCUCCAUGGUGCAUUCUCCAUUAAGGCAAACUGCUUCAAGCUGCCGGCUAGGGGAGUCAUUAUCCAUAGCAGGAUAUCCAGAACAGUCCAUCCCAGAGGAUAAUGUCUUGUUUAUAUUAUUAUUAACAAGCGAAUGCUCCUUCCCAGUAACACAAUUAUCACACGUGAAAGAUGACUUACCAGUAGCUGCAUCAACGUUGCACUCAGAUAUAUUAGCUUUCAGGCAAUUAUAGUGGAAACGUAACUCACAUACACAACAUCAAAUGCAUUUCUGCUUGCCGUAGAACAGUUAUCACAACGGAGACACACAUCUUAACUCGCCAAGCACUCAAGCAGAGCAGGAGCAACCACACUGCACAUCCGUCCUCCUCAAGC